GCUCACAGAUACAUUCAUUCAUUUGAAUUCGUUUGUUUCCCUCAGCGCCUCUCACCGCAUAUAAGCUGAGACUGAGAGAUCGUCAGAACAUGCCCAAGCAUUCGGGAAGGAAGCUCAUGUGUUUUCAUUGCGGUCGAAUCUCAUUACCCCAUGGAUGGUGAUUUCGCGUCACUUCAUGGAAUUGUGACUCUUGUAGAGGAGCAAUUCACUUUCCAAAAUGGCCAUGUCAUUGUUGACGAAGCCCAUUCCACUGGGAUAUAUAGAGAAAAUGGCAUCGGCGGGAGAUGCGUCGCGUCCUGAUAUCUCUUACACAAUUACUGAUUUCAAGGUGCAGCUGUUAUCAUGACUACUCCCUGGCUUCGUGAAUAUCUAAUCAGCUAUGCACGACCCUUCAUGUGUACCACAUCAUUGCCUAUCUAUAACGUCAUCGCUAUGAAAUGUGUUAUCGACAUGCUGAGAGAAGGUGCUGUUCAAAAUGGAAUCGACCAUCUGCUUCACCUUUCAUCGUAUUUUGUCCGAACGUUGCGUAGUCGUCUCAAUUCCAUCCCUGAUUUGGAAUCUAUCAUCGUCCUGCCCCAUACUUGUGAUGACGAUACAUAUUCCGCAGGUCAACCUUCCAACAUGGUCACUGCCUCCUUGGUGUCGCCGACCAUACCGUUGCUUACGCCAUCCUCAAACCCCCCUCUUGCCCGAUUUUUGCAAACCGGAGAAAUGGAUCCCGCCACACCCUGGUCUCAUCAGAUGAAAGGGGUUGGUACUUUGGAUUACACGGCACAACGUCGAUAUCUUGCAUAUGAUAUUACACCGCUGAUUGUUCCUCGUGCUGCAUCUCGAGUCCGAAUAUGCAUGCGGGGAAUAUGAAGGAUGAGGUGGACGGUUUGAUAGAGGCGAUCGUAUAUUGGGUCAAUUCAGUUUUAGUGCAUGGGCCAGGGACCCCACAAGGGCAGUCACACGAAUUAAGCGGAGAAUCAACGCCAGAAGGUCAGAAGAUGGCUAGAUCGAAGUUGUAAUUCGUCGAAGAACUUGCGAUUUAAUGGAGUCGUGUGAUUGCCUGCAUUCGCGGAUCUCAGAUCAACUUUAUCGAGCUGUUCACGCAGGUUUUUUCCUGCCUGGUGUCCACCCUAUGCACCGGUGCCUCAUGCGUGUCUUCGUGAGUCGUGCUGUGUUGUUCAGUUGCCUACGGCGAGUAGGAU